AUGGCAUUUUAUUACCUUAAGCUUGUGCACUUCUCAACCUACGAAGAGUCAAACAUAAAACAUAACUUUCACAACAUUUUAAUCCACGUCCACUUUACCCCGACGGUCAACCUUGUCAACGUUCCGACGGUCGACGUCAACGUUCCGGCGGUCGACCUUGUCAACAUCCCGACGGUCGACGUCAACGUUCCGACGGUCGACGUCAACGUCCCGGCGGUCGACGUCAACGUUCCGACGGUCAACGUCAACGUCCCGGCGAUCGACAUCAACGUUCCGACGGUCGACCUUGUCAACAUCCCGACGGUCGACGUCAACGUUCCGACGGUCAACGUCAACGUCCCGGCGGUCGACGUCAACGUUCCGACGGUCGACCUUGUCAACAACCCGACGGUCGACGUCAACGUUCCGACGGUCGACCUUGUCAACAACCCGACGGUCGACGUCAACGUUCCGACGGUCAACGUCAACGUCCCGGCGGUCGACAUCAACGUCCCGGCGGUCGACGUCAACGUCCCGACGGUCGACCUUGUCAACAACCCGGCGGUCGACGUCAACGUUCCGACGGUCGACCUUGUCAACAACCCGACGGUCGGACAUUAA